UUACCCCACUAAUUUUAGUGGUGUUUUCGGGAUAAAAAAAAAUGUACUCCAGUGCCAAUAUACAUACCAACAUACAUAAAGAAGCAUUAAGGAUAUAUAAUAAUGUCUGCAGAAAACGUGUUCGGGAAAGCCAUCAUGGUGAUCGAAUACCCGGACACGGAAGCGAGAGCUGCGGCGGCGAACGCGGCGAUCGGGGCGGACGACAAGCACAAGCAGGUGAAGCAGUACGUGAACAAGCUGAAGAGCGCGUACGGCGACGGCAUCUCCGUCCUGGCCACCAUAUACAACGCCAUCGGCGAGAACAUUUACUUCUCCGCCUCCAAGGACUGGCACGGCAAGCUCUACACUGACUCCUCCUACCCCAAAAUCCUCCAGAACGGCCAGUGGGGCGGCUUCCUGCACUGCAAGAACGACGCCGCCCCUAGCGGCACCGAAGCCGUCGUCGUCUUCCGCGCCAAAGCCAACGGCUCCUCCGGCGGCAGGGGUGACGUUGUCAUUGCUUGGGAUGAUCCUUGGGCUCCCGGUUCCAGCAACAAGGCAUACACGGAAAUAGGGGAGAAGGACAAAUACAACUCGGCCUGGGAUGAGGUCCGUUCCAAGCUGGCUUCGUCGGGGGCGUCCCAAAGCGGCUUCGGCUUCGGGCUCUACUCUUACCAUUCCACAGGAAAGCUCCCCAAUUCUUGAGGCUGUUCUCGCUCUUGAGUGAUCGAUUUGCCCGCCCGCCCGCCGGAACUCAUUUAAUUACUUUGCAUGGCGAUCAAAAUAAAUGCAUGGGCUCGAUCAUCAUUAAUCCUAGCUGGGAGGAAUAAUUGAUCUGAUGAUGAUCGAUCGCCCUUAAUAAAUCCAAAAUAAAAUGCUGUUUGUUUU